AUGGACGAAAUUAGAUCAGAACCAGACGUUCCAAACCACAGGUCUUUGGAUGAAGAGUGCAGCAUUGAGUUCUAUGACCUCUUUUCCAAGAUCCAAGAAGCUUUCGAGCGAAAAGAUUCAGAAGAAUUCGAGUAUUAUUUAGAUGAAUUUGUUUCAACAAACAGAAAUGGACAUCAAGAAGAAUUAUCAGAAAUAGCAUCAAUGCUGUUCACAUACAUCGGAGAAACCAACUCAGCAUUCGCAAUUGAAUGUCUUCAAGUCGCAUUACUUAAUUCAGACGAUUUCGCCAAAGUUUUAUACAGCAAUUACAAUAUCUUAGACUUUAUCCAGACAUUAGAAGAUCCAGUAGAUGUAGUAGAGUUCUUAAAAGCUUACGCAUCCUUCAAUGUCGAACACAAAUUAACAUUAUUGCUUCAAUUAGAGAGAAUCUUCGAAAUUUACAUCAAAAAACUUCCUCUUUUAACAAUGUAUCACUUGUUACCUCCACUCCUACUUUGUCUCAUCUCUCCGACCUUUGAUGACAAAGUCAACGAAACAAUUCUCUCAAACAUCGAAAUCCUUCCUCCAGAACAACAGAUCCAGGUUGCUGCAAGGUGUUCUGAACUCGGAAUCAAGUGCAAACUUUAUUUCGAAGUCAAUAAUGAUAUCGAAAUAAAUAUCCAAACAAUCAAAGCUUUGGGAGCAUCAACAAUCUUUUUACAGAAGGUAAUAAGUUAUUUCUUCUCUCCUGAUGAAGAAAUGAAAGAGAUUUGUUACUGGUAUCUGAUGAUAAUUUCAUACAGAGGAAAAUCUGAAGAUGUAUUGAAGAUCAUAUCGAAUCUGGAUAUGAUUCAUCAUUCAAUUCAUUACGAUGAAUUGACUUACACGAUGAAAAGGUACAUUAUGACGUUUAGCGCCAUUUUGUUGAUAAGAGCCAAUAUCCUCUUUGUUGAUUUACAAGAAAUGAUUGAUUUUGCUUCUGAUUCUGGCAAUUCUUUCUUAUCUUUGUUGAUAUUGAGGGCAAUUUACCUCGGAAGGAUCGAAAAUGAUCCAGAAAUUAUCGACAUAAACUGCUUGAGAGAUAAUUGCGAUGAUUCAAAGGAAGAACCAAGAGCUGAAUAUUAUUUUUCAAAAAUUCUUAAUGAAUAA